CUGCUUCCUGUUCUGUGUGAGUGGGUGUCCUGCUGAAAAGUAAGAAUAAACAAGUCACAAAGUGAACAAGUUUGAACUUCCUUAAAUGGCCUUGUCUGGAAACGCCCAGUAUUAGACAAAACUCCCUGUCCGGUUUCAUUUGCAGUUGAGAUGAGAUCCUCACGGGAUGAAGAUUCUAUGAGAUUGAUGAAGACAGAGGUCACUACCACAGACUUCCUAGAAGAGGGAGAAACAGGUGAAAUGCUCCAUGGAAAUUGUCUCAGAAUCUUCUCCCCUGAAUCUCCUGCUAAGCUUUACUGCUGCUAUGCAGUGAUUGUGGUCCUUAUUAUAGCUAUAGUUGCUCUUUCUGUUGCUUUGUCAGUAAAAAAGACACCACAGAUCUCAACCAUAAAUACCUACGCUGCUUGCCCAAGAAACUGGAUUGGAGUUGGAAAUAAAUGCUUUUAUUUUUCUGAAUAUGCAAGUAACUGGACAUUCAGCCAGGACUUCUGCAAGGCACAAGAGGCUGAGCUAGCUCGAUUUGACAACGAGGAUGAGCUGAAUUUUGUGAAGAGAUACAAGGGGUCACCUAACUACUGGAUCGGCUUGCACAGAGAGUCCUCAGAGCACCCUUGGAAGUGGACAGAUAACACUGAGUAUAACAACUUGGUUUCCAUCCGAGGAGAUGAACUACUUGGUUUCCUGAGUGACAGUGGGAUCAGCAGUAGCAGGAACUACAUAAAAAGAAAUUGGAUUUGUAGCAAGCCCAAAAGCUACACCUCACAGUGCAAGUAGUUUUGUAUCCUGGGUAGAGAGUAUAUCAUAGCAAUCAUGAGGAACAUAACAUCUUAUCUACAGUUGCUGCCUCAUUAACAAUCUGCUAAAAUAAUAAGUUCAUAAUGUGUGGUGACAUCAAAGAUGACAACUGUGGACAAGUUUGCUUUG